AUGAAUUAUGUUGAUCCUGUCUCUGUUACCCAAAAGGUUAUUUCUGGUGUUUAUGAAGGCGUCACUACUAUAGAAUUAGAUAAUCUUGCUGCGGAGACUGCUGCUUAUAUGACUACUACUCAUCCUGAUUAUGCCAUUUUGGCUGCACGUAUUGCCAUUUCAAAUCUUCAUAAAGAAACUAAAAAAGUAUUCUCUCAAGUAAUUGAAGAUUUAUAUUCCUAUGUUGAUCCCAAAACAGAGAAGCGUGCAUCCAUGAUUGCAGAGAACAUCUACAAAAUUGUUAUGGCCAAUGCUGAUCGUCUUAAUUCUGCUAUUAUAUAUGAUCGUGACUUCAAUUACAACUUCUUUGGAUUUAAAACAUUGGAGCGUUCUUAUUUGCUUAAGAUUAAUGGUAAAGUUGCUGAAAGACCACAACAUUUGAUUAUGCGUGUAGCAGUUGGUAUUCAUGGUGAAGACAUUGAUGCUGCUAUUCAGACAUAUAAUUUGAUGUCUGAACGUUACUUUACACAUGCUAGUCCUACUCUUUUUAAUGCUGGUACACCUCGUCCUCAACUCUCUUCCUGCUUUUUAUUGACGAUGAAAGAUGAUUCUAUUGAAGGUAUAUAUGAGACUUUGAAGAUCUGUGCUCAAAUCUCUAAAUCAGCAGGUGGCAUUGGUUUGAAUAUUCAUAAUAUUCGUGCUUCUGGUUCAUAUAUUGCGGGUACCAAUGGUUAUUCUAAUGGUCUUUUACCAAUGCUACGUGUAUUUAAUAAUACUGCUCGUUACGUUGACCAAGGUGGUAAUAAGCGUCCUGGUGCCUUUGCGAUGUACCUUGAGCCCUGGCAUGCAGACAUUUUUACCUUUCUUGACCUUCGCAAAAACUUUGGUAAAGAUGAAAUUAGAGCUCGUGAUUUAUUCUAUGCUCUUUGGAUUCCUGAUUUGUUCAUGGAACGUGUGAGAGAUAAUCGUGACUGGUCUCUUUUCUGUCCUAAUGAAGCACCUGGACUGUGUGAUGUAUGGGGUGAAGAAUUUGUUCAGUUAUAUGAAAAGUAUGAACGUGAAGGUAAAGCUCGAGAGACAAUAAAAGCUCAAAAGCUUUGGUAUGCUAUUUUAGAAGCCCAGACUGAAACAGGUAAUCCCUUUAUGCUUUACAAGGAUGCGUGUAAUAGAAAGAGCAAUCAACAAAACUUGGGUAUCAUUAAAUGCAGUAAUCUUUGUACUGAGAUUGUGGAAUACUCUAGUCCUGAUGAAGUUGCUGUCUGUAAUUUGGCUUCACUUGCCUUACCCACUUUUGUGAUUAAUAGAGAAAGAUAUGACUUUCAAAAACUUCAUGACGUUGUAAAGGUCGUUACUAGAAAUUUGAACAAAAUUAUUGAAAUUAAUUACUAUCCUGUCAUUGAAGCAGAACGUUCUAACAAAAGACAUCGACCUAUUGGAUUAGGUGUCCAAGGUUUGGCUGAUGCUUUUAUGUUAAUGAAAUAUCCCUUUGAUUCUUCUGAAGCCAAAGCACUUAAUAUUCAAAUCUUUGAGACAAUUUAUCAUGCUGCAUUGGAAGCUUCUUGUGAGCUUGCACAAGAACUUGGUCCCUAUGAAACUUAUCCUGGAAGUCCUAUUUCAAAGGGUAUUUUACAGUUUGAUAUGUGGAAUGUGACGCCUACUUCUCUCUGGGAUUGGACAGGACUAAAAGAAAAGAUUGCUAAAUAUGGUGUUCGUAACUCAUUACUAGUUGCACCUAUGCCUACUGCAUCUACUUCUCAAAUUUUAGGGUUUAAUGAAUGUUUUGAGCCAUAUACCUCUAAUCUUUAUACACGUCGUGUAUUAGCUGGUGAAUUUCAAGUAGUAAAUCCUUGGUUAUUAAAAGACUUAGUAGAGAUGGGUUUAUGGAACGAAGAUGUUAAGAAUAUGAUUAUGUCUGAUGGUGGAUCUGUUCAAAAUAUUCCUGGCAUUCCUCAAAAAAUUAAGGAUUUGUAUAAGACCGUUUGGGAAAUUAGCCAACGUAAACUAUUAGACAUGGCUGCUGACCGUGGUGCAUUUAUUGACCAAAGUCAAAGUUUAAAUGUCUUUAUUGCUGAACCUAAUUUUGGUAAAUUGACAAGUAUGCAUUUUUAUGGGUGGCAAAAGGGGCUAAAAACAGGUAUGUACUAUUUGCGUACACGUCCUGCUGUAGAUGCUAUCAAAUUUACAGUUGAUCAACUUUCUUUACGUGAAUUUCGUAAAAAGAAAACUGAAGAAGAAAAUCAAGCAGAUAUGGUUUGUUCCAUUGAUAACAAAGAUGCUUGUGUUAGUUGUAGUGGUUAG